AUGAAUUCGCGAGUGGGGCACGUUGUUGAAACCUCGUUUACCCGAAAAUUAUUGCCCGCAAUCCCAAAUGAGGUGGAUCGAGCAAAGCGGCAAGCUCAAAAUAGUGCACGUGUUUAUGGACGUUACUUGAAAGAAUUCUUACUCAGUAGUGAGUAUAAAAAGAUCAAAGAUGAUCCACCCCCCGGCAUCUACGUGAUUCCCUACGGAAAUUCCCCGCUUAUAUGGCACGGGGUUCUUUUUGUACGCCAUGGAUACUUUCAAGGCGGCGUGUUUCGAUUUAGGGUUGAAAUACCGGAGGCAUUUCCUGAAACGGACGAAUGUCCGAAGGUGAUAUUUGUUCCUCCAUUGUACCAUCCGUUAGUGGAUCCAGAAACGGGGGAGUUCGACUUGUCGAACGUUUUUCCUAAGUGGUGUUGCAGUUCGAACAGUCUUCAACAAGUCCUUCGGCAUGUGCGGAAUUCUUUUUAUUCUGUUGCUGAGUCAUCCUUGGAUGAAAAUGCGGCGUUGAUCCCUGAACCUGUUCAGUGGCGAACUGUCGACGUAAGCGGAUCCUGA